AUGUCCUGUGUUGCCAAUUACCUGGCGGAGCAUCGAGACCUCUACGAGCGCCUCCACACCGACAAGGAGGAGCACGAUAGAGUCAAGGCGCACCAAGCUCGUGCCAGCCUGGAUGGUCGACAAGGUUUCAAGUCUUGGUGGACUGGACUGCAAGCGGUUUCCUUCACCGAGAAGGCCCGAUACCACAAGCAAGCGCUUCCGGCCUCAAAGCGCACCUACUUCGUCAGCAUGAGGCAAGAAUAG